CACACACUGGACUCAGUCCACACACACACUCUUCAGCAACAGUCUGGACACUGGUAUGCCGCCAAUACUCACUGCCCUGCUCUGCCUCGGGUUAUGUCUGAGCCAGAGGAUCAACACUGAAAAGCAGACUCUCCCGAAACCCAUCAUCUGGGCCAAACCCAGUGUCAUGAUCGCAAGAGGAAACUCGGUGAACAUCUGGUGUCAGGGGGCUCAGCAUGCUUCUGAGUAUCACCUGUACUUCGAAGGAAGCUUUGUCACCUUGGAGAGACCAAAGCCAUCUAGAUCAAUGAAUAAAGUCAGGUUCUUUAUUUCACAAAUGACGUCACAUACUGCAGGGAUCUACUCCUGCUUCUAUCAAAGUGGAGAGCUCUGGUCAGAGUCCAGCAACUUCCUGAAACUGUUCGUAACUGGUCUGUAUGACACACCCAAGCUCUGGGUUCAUCCAGGGCCUGAGGUAUCCUUGGGGGAGAAUGUCACCUUCUCUUGCCAGCUGAAGACUGCGACAAGCAAAUUCUUUCUGCUCAAGGAGAGAGGAUCCAACAACAUCCAGCAUAAAUAUGGGAACAUCCAAGCAGAUUUCCCCAUGGGUCCUGUGACUAGGGCUCACAGAGGGACCUACAGAUGUUUUGGCUCUUACAAUGACUAUGCAUGGUCUUUCCCCAGUGAGCCUGUGACACUACUCAUCACAGGAGGUAUUGAGAAUACCAGCCUUGCACCUACAGACCCCACUUCUUCUCUUGAUUAUUUGGAGUUCGACCUUUCAACCAAAGAAUCAGGAUUACAAAAGGACUCUGCCUUCUGGGUACACACAACCCAGAAUCUCAUUCGGAUCGGCCUGGCAUGCAUAAUCCUGAUGGGUCUAUUAUGGUUUUUGACUGAAGACUGGUUCAGCAAGAGGAAAGAUCAUAAAGAGCCCAACAGAUUAGCAAAUUGGGAAUGCAGGAGAAAAUGGAGAAUGCAGCAUUACUGCGAAGAGGAACAAGGAGGUUCAGUUUCUAUGUGGGAACUGAAGGCGACUCCUGAGGCCCUGUGAGCUCUAUGCUGCCCCCUGGAGGAAGAAAGAGGUCCUUGCAGGAAUGGAGGAGUGGGAGUGGACCAAGUUAGGCAAAGCAUUCCAAAGGACCUUGUGAGAGGAAGUCUCUGAGUUCCUACUGCAAAGUCUCACUGUCUCUGUUAAGCUUUAACUUCUUUGAUGCGUAUUCACUGCAAACUAUUCUUUUCUACUGCGGACAAUUUCUCACUGUCUCUGUUCAACUUUACGUACUUUAGCGCUUACUUAUUGCAAGUUAUACUUUUGACCACACUGGUCUUUCCUAGAAAUAACUACAUUCCAAUGUGAUGGCCAUGGGAAUAUUUUCUUCCUGCUUUGGGUAUUAUCAUUGUUUCUUUUUCUAAUAUUAUUUAUUUUAUGUACGUGGGUGUUUUGGGCAUGUAUGUCUGCACACCAUGUUUGUGGCUAGGGUCAGAUCCCCUAAGGACUUGAGUUAAGAUGACUGUGAGCUACCACAUGGAUACUGGGAAUCAAACUCAAGCCAUCUGGAGGAGCAACAAGUAUUCUUAACUACUAAACCGUAUCUCCAGCUCCAUCCUCAGUAUUUUAUAUUGUGUGUGCAUGUCUGUAUGAUGCAUGUAUGUGCACAUGUAUGUACAUACAUGCUAUGCCACUCAAAUAAAGUUCAGUACACACCUUUGUGAGAUCAA